UCAAGCUUCCUAGUUAUUGUUAUUUUCCAGAACCACGAAUGGCUUCAUUCCCGGUCUCUUCGAGCUUAACUAUCUGCGUGCUCUUCCUAGUUAUAGGAAGCACUUCAGCUCAACUUUCAACUAAUUUCUACUACCACUCUUGUCCGAAUCUUUUUAGCACGGUCAAAUCCACAGUGCAAUCUGCAAUAUCAAAGGAAGCCCGAAUGGGAGCUUCUCUCCUCCGCUUAUUUUUCCAUGAUUGCUUUGUUAACGGAUGCGAUGGUUCAGUCCUGCUUGACGACACUUCCUCCUUCACAGGGGAGAAGAGGGCAGCUCCUAAUUUCAAUUCUGCCAGGGGAUUUGAGGUGGUCGACAAUAUAAAGUCAGCUGUGGAGAGGGCAUGUCCCGGUGUGGUCUCUUGUGCUGACGUUUUGGCCAUUGCUGCUCGUGACUCUGUUGAGAUCCUUGGUGGCCCCCGCUGGGAUGUAAAACUUGGAAGAAGAGAUGCUAGGACUGCAAGUCAAGCUGCUGCAAAUAAUAGCAUUCCUCCGCCAACCACCAAUCUUAACGCUCUAAUUUCCAGAUUCAGUGCAGUUGGACUCUCUAGCAAGGACCUCGUUGCUUUAUCUGGAUCUCACACGAUUGGACUAGCAAGAUGCACAAAUUUCAGAGCACGCAUCUACAAUGAGACCAACAAUUUGGACAGUUCCUUGGCUCGAACAAGGCAAAGCAACUGCCCAAGUGUUAGCGGAUCAGGGGACAACAAUUUGGCACCUCUGGACCUCCAGACUCCCACAAAUUUUGACAAUAACUAUUUCAAGAACCUUGUCAACCGAAGAGGGCUGCUUCACUCGGAUCAACAGUUAUUUAAUGGCGGGUCAACUGAUUCAGCCGUUAGAGCAUAUAGCAACAACCCAGGCUCCUUUGCCUCUGAUUUUGCAGCAGCCAUGAUCAAGAUGGGUGAUAUUAAGCCUCUCACUGGAUCCAAGGGCGAGAUUAGGAAGAAUUGCAGGAGAGUUAACUAGACCAGCAUUUUCUUGUCUUUGGACUACAUUCAAGAAAAAGAUUUGUGUGCUUAAUAUGUCAGCAGUUUUUUUUUUUUUUUUGCGGGUUGUCAUCCUUCUUCGUUCCCUACUAGUAUUGUCUAAGACACCAUUAUAGUUAG